AAGCAGAUGUUGGUAAUGAUGUGGUGACAUCUUUAAGAAGCGACUUAGCCGCACUACAAUAUAAACGUGAUAAAUUACUCUCUGAAAAUAACGAUUUAAAGAACCAAAUGUUGUCUCGUGAUCAAAGAAUAUUAGAACAGCAAGUGGAAAUCGACCACCUGCGUGAACAAAAUGCACGUCAAAACGCUAUUAUAUCAUCCCUCAAAAAGAAAAUUCAAGACCUCGAAGAAUUUCAACGUAAUUUACAAACUGCGCAAGGUAGAAGUGAUUUGACUGUGCAAACACUUCAAAGGGAUAACCGUUACUGCGAAGAGAAAAUAAAAGAUUUAGAAAAAAAAAUAAGAUCUCUCGAAUUGGAAUGCAAUAAUGAAGAGCAGCAAAAAGAAAAUGCGCGAUGUCAAUUUCAUGACCUAAUUAGACGAUUGUCUGUUGCAUUGGAUUCAGAUUUUUGUGAUACCAAUCAUACCCAUUCACCAGAAAGCCUUAUUAUCAAAGCUGCAGAACUUGUGCAAGAGAUCACAAGACUUAAAAAUAAAUGUAUGAACACGACAGAAAACUUAUCGACCAUCGAGCAAGAUCUUAGAAGUUGCAGAGAUUCUCUAGAACGUGCAAAUACCGAUAAAGACAUGUUACAAAGACAACUUUCCACUCAACUUCUUGAUAUAGAAAGACUUAAACAAGAAAAAGAAUCUCUCGCUGUUUCUAAUCGAGUUAUUGAAAGAGAACUUCAUGAAAGCAGGGAAAAACUAUCUCACUGUUCGAAGAAUCUUAAUGUUGUAACUGAUAACGUCAACCAAAACGAAUCACUGAUAAUCCAAUUAAAAGAGGAUUUGCGACAUCGUGACGAAAAAUAUCAAAGACUACAGACCGACUUUCGAAAUACGAUGGAAUCCAUUGCGAUCCUACUUAGCUUGCCAACACGUUUUGUCGAAGCACACGAAAGCACUAUCAAAGAUCGUAUUAGAGAAAUAUUGAGUGACUAUAAGGAUAAAUCUGUGCAAUUGGAAGCGUUACGAGAAAAAUUGGGCAUGGAAUCUCAGCAAUUGGGUAGAACUGCUCAUUUACACGAUCAAGCCACUACUCGUGUGCGGAUCCUCGAAGACGAACGGAAUAUGCUCGAAACGAAAGUUCACAAAUUGGAAUCAGAACUAAACGCAAUGGAACUUUCCAGAGAUAAUCUUCGAAAGGAUAAAGCAAACUUCGUGGCAUUCCUCGAGCGACUCAGCCGCACUUUUAAUAUGGAUGAGUUGACCCAGGAUAUCGGCGUAGAACUACACACUGACUCCAUUAUACACCGAGCAGAGCAACUCGCACGACUCGAGAGCGAUAAAAUCGUAGACAAGACAGCCGUAGUAUAUCAACUCCAGCGUCGAAUACGGAUAUUAAGGGAACAGUUGCAGAGAAAAGAUUUACACUUGGAUUUACUUCGGCGUAAGCUUAGUGUGCAGGAAGAGAGUUCAAGAGUACGUGCAGUCCUGCAAGCCGAACGAGACGAAGCGGUGAGUCGCAGUAAAAAACUAGCGCGGCAGUGCGACAAACUGGGCGUGCAGCUGAGCGACGCACGCGCACAAGUUCGCGAUCUAAACGCACAGCUCGCCGACGCCGCAGAAUACAAGAUAGCUUCACUAGAACGAGCUCGCAAAAUAGAAGAGCUACAAAAGAAACUCGACGAAGCGGAAUUACUUCGAACGAGAUACAAUCGUAAAGUCAACGUUUUAAAGGAUCAAGUCAGAUCUACUGGCGAAACGUUCGAACAAGAAAGAUCAACUGCGGAACAUCAAAUUAAUAUGCUGAGGGACGAGCUUUCCAGAACAAAGGAAGCACUCGCUGAAUGUCAAAGGAGAGAAGCACAGUUACAAAGCUUUAGGAAUUCGAUUGCUAAGCUGCUGGGAAUAUUGGUGCCGUCGUCUGUGUCCGACUUCGAAAUGGUGUCGCGACUUCAGAAGCUGAUAGAUGCCCAUCACGACUUUACGAUUGUGUCACGACGUUACGAUGACCCCGCGCUGCUGCGAGCUUCGUCCAGAUCACCGCCCCCUUCACGGUGCAGGACACGAACACCAGAUCGAUCCCUACGCUAUGAUGACUCCGGAUACGCCGAUCCGGCGUUCGAUUUGGAGGACGAGCUUUACAAAGGGCGCGCGGCGUUGUGACAGUCGCGCCGCCGCGCCCGCUUCUAGCCGGAAUAGGCUCGGCGAUACGAAACUUCAAAAAAUUAUAGACUUUACUUAAAUAGUAUCCUAAAAGUAAUCACGGAAUAAAUUCUCUAAAUAUCAAUAAUCGGUACCAUAUACAAUAUAUAUAGAUACUUAGAAUACUCUUCAA